UCGUGACGGAAGGUGCUUAAGAGUACCAACCUUCCAUGCAAAUAUCAACCCUGAAGCUCUCGGGGGCAAAUUCACCAUACUUAUCCACCUAUAGCCUUUUGGAAUUUUAGAAAAAAUAUUAUCAACGAUUUUAGAUCUACUCCAGUGUAAAACCGAGAAAUAAAUAAUUAUGAAGUCGAACGAAAAUAUUUCGAGCAUAUCGGAACAUAUUUUCUGUACCAACUCAAACCUCCUCAUUCCGUUUAUCAAAAAUUUUACUGUUUUGUCUCUCUUUGUCUCUGUCUCUAUACAUAUAUCGAUUCAUUUAAUGCUUGUAACUUUGUUUUUUCCAUAAGUUUUUCUACUUCUACCUUUAAAAAAAUUGUAGUAAUGGUUGCGUCGAUUAAGAAAUUUGCGAAAAAAGAUAAUUUUUUUAUUCUAAAUCGGGAGAACCCUCUUGCCAGGUCCUUCGGACCGCGGUGGCGGUUGUUAUGAUAAUAAUAUUUCAAAAUUAAUAACGUCGAUAAAAUUAUAGCGUGGCGCCUAUUUAUUACGCAAAGUUGCGACAAUAGCUCCAGUAGAUAUGUGUUUGUGAGAGAAUCACGUGAUCAAACUUACUGAGCGUAUGCUCGACCGCUACUUGAGACUUGAGUACUUGUUGAUUACUGAUUAGUCAUUCUUCGUUGUUCGAACAUUGAGCAUGUUUGUACUGCACAUUUUAAUCCAUCGUAUCUUUUAAUGUCGUGUUUUUUUAGUCAAAAUUUCACUCUUGCGCAAUGGUGACUAUUAUUAAGAGGUACUCUCCAAUAGAUAUGUAUAACUGAUUAGAUUAGAACUUGACGUAAAGUAGGUGCCUAAAUGAAAUAAGCAUACGUACCUAACCGUCAUUUUAUUGAGCUUUAUCACGGACUACGGUAGUUCAGUUCAACAUUCCCCAGUUGGAAGUACUUACUUAUUACAGAAAUAAAUUGGCCAUUAUCCUAAUCUGCAGUCUCCGACUCUUUCAUUCAUCAGUGCUCUUAAAUCGUCAACUGUUUAUUCAGAGGAUCAAUUCGUUUAUUUCGAUUGUUAAUUCGAUUCCAUCAAUAUGCCUUCUAAUCAACUUUGUUUUAAGAAGUCGAAAUAUGACAUCAAAGUUGGAAUCAUCGGUGGUUCCGGUCUAGAUGAUCCGGAUAUCUUACAAAACGCCAUAGCAAAAGAAGUGAACACUCCAUUUGGCAAACCUUCGAGUGCACUGGUGGAAGGAACUAUCGGUGGCGUACCAUGUGUAGUGCUUUCACGACAUGGCAAGAAACACAACAUUAUUCCAUCCAAUGUGAACUUUCGUGCUAAUAUUUGGGCGUUGAAGGAUGCCGGUUGUACGCACGUGAUUGUUUCCUCAGCUUGUGGUUCGUUACAAAAAGAAAUCGCUCCGGGUGAUCUUGUGAUACCGGAUUCAUUCAUAGAUAUGACUAAAAAACGAGUUUCAACAUUUUACAACAAUGAUGGACCUUACGCCAACACCGUUCUGCAUAUCCCGAUGGAACCGGCAUUCUGUAACCGGACACGUUCUCUGAUCGUCGACGCAGCUAAAGAAUUAAAUAUCAAGUGUAAAAACGGUGGCACAACUGUGGUCGUCGAAGGACCGAGAUUCUCCUCAAUCGCCGAAAGUAAAUUGUUCCAAUCUUGGGGUGCUGAUUUGACCAACAUGACUAUGGUUCCUGAGGUUAUUUUGGCUAAAGAAGCAGGAUUGUGCUAUGCUUGUAUUGCAAUGGCAACUGAUUACGAUUGCUGGAAUGCUAGCGAGGAAAUGGUAAACGUUGAAAAUGUGGUCAAGACUUUCAAGCAGAAUGUAGAAAAGGUUAAAAAUGUCAUGUUACUGGCUGUCAAGAAAAUAGCUGCUGAAGAGUGGAAUGAAACUAUUAAUAACUUGCAGGACGUUGUAAAAGGCAGCAUUCAAAGUAAAGAAUAAGUCCGAAAGGUACCUACCUUGGUUGAAUUUAUACAGAAUUGAUUUACCAUCCGUGGGAGUACCUAGUACUUACUCUCCACAUUUUGAUCCUACAUUAUUAUCGGAUAAUUAACUUAUAAAUAAGUUUAUAAUAAAUAAAACAAAAUAUAAAAUUACGAUGUAAAUAUUGUACUAGGUGCUUGAUCUACCUACAUACCAUAGAAAAUGUGAUUUGUACAUUGUACACUUAUACAAUAAAUAAGUAUAGGUACUUGAGAAUAUGUUUUGUAAAAGAUAAAUCUAUUUCAUUCAAUAUACAACAGCAGCAAUCAAA